AUGUGUCAAGGACCAGCGUGCCAUGUGUCAAGUACCAGCGUGCCACGUGUCAAGGACCAGCGUGUCAUGUGUCAAGGACCAGCGUGCCAGCGUGUCAAGGACCAGCGUGCCAUGUGUCAAGGACCAGCGUGCCACGUGUCAAGGACCAGCGUGCCAUGUGUAAAGGACCAGCGUGCCACGUGUCAAGGACCAGCGUGCAUGUGUCAAGGACCAGCGUGCAUGUGUCAAGGACCAGCGUGCCAUGUGUCACGGACCAGCGUGCCAUGUGUCAAGGACCAGCGUGCCAUGUGUCAAGUACCAGCGUGCCAUGUGUCAAGGACCAGCGUGCCAUGUGUCAAGGACCAGCGUGUCAUGUGUCAAGGACCAGCGUGCCAUGUGUCAAGUACCAGCGUGCCACGUGUCAAGGACCAGCGUGCCACGUGUCAAGGACCAGCGUGCCAUGUGUCAAGGACCAGCGUGCCAUGUGUCAAGGACCAGCGUGCAUGUGUCAAGGACCAGCGUGCCAUGUGUCAAAUACCAGCGUGCAUGUGUCAAGGACCAGCGUGCCAUGUGUCAAGUACCAGCGUGCAUGUGUCAAGGACCAGCGUGCAUGUGUCAAGGACCAGCGUGCCACGUGUCAAGGACCAGCGUGCCAUGUGUCAAGGACCAGCGUGCCAUGUGUCAAGGACCAGCGUGCCAUGUGCCAAGUACCAGCGUGCCAUGUGUCAAGGACCAGCGUGCCAUGUGUCAAGUACCAGCGUGCCAUGUGUCAAGGACCAGCGUGCCAUGUGUCAAGGACCAGCGUGCCAUGUGUCAAGUACCAGCGUGCCACGUGUCAAGUACCAGCGUGCCAGCGUGCCACGUGUCAAGUACCAGCGUGCCACGUGUCAAGUACCAGCGUGCCAGCGUGCCACGUGUCAAGUACCAGCGUGCCAGCGUGCCAUGUGUCAAGGACCAGCGUGCCAUGUGUCAAGGACCAGCGUGCCAUGUGUCAAGGACCAGCGUGCCAUGUGUCAAGGACCAGCGUGCCACGUGUCAAGGACCAGCGUGCCAUGUGUCAAGGACCAGCGUGCCAUGUGUCAAGGACCAGCGUGCCACGUGUCAAGGACCAGCGUGCCAUGUGUCAAGGACCAGCGUGCCAUGUGUCAAGGACCAGCGUGCCAUGUGUCAAGGACCAGCGUGCCACGUGUCAAGGACCAGCGUGCCAUGUGUCAAGGACCAGCGUGCCACGUGUCAAGGACCAGUGUGCCAUGUGUCAAGGACCAGCGUGCCAUGUGUCAAGGACCAGCGUGCCAUGUGUCAAGGACCAGCGUGCCACGUGUCAAGGACCAGUGUGCCAUGUGUCAAGGACCAGCGUGCCAUGUGUCAAGGACCAGCGUGCCAUGUGUCAAGGACCAGCGUGCCAUGUGUCAAGGACCAGCGUGCCACGUGUCAAGGACCAGCGUGCCAUGUGUCAAGGACCAGCGUGCCAUGUCAGGCAGGCAUGUGUGUGAAAGAUCUCCAGUAUCUAUAUGGUCUCUGUCAUGA